UUUGGCCAGAGAUAACUUCAUGCCAAUUAAUAAACAGACAGAACUCUUGUGUAAUCGUAACGAACAUACGCUUCAGCUAAAAGUAGCGUAUGUACACAUAUAGGUGUUUGUCCAUAACGUUAGCCACAAAUCAUCCAACAAACAAUAAGUUUGUUGCUAACCGUGUUAGCUCGUUGUAGCAUUGGUUUCCAGUGACUGUGUGGGCAGAUCGGUGUUGGAUAUAAAGAAAUGAAGGUGGUAACGUGUGAGAUUGCAUGGCACAACAAGGAGCCAGUCUACAGUCUGGACUUCCAGCACAGCCCUGAUGGACGCAUUCAUCGACUGGCAACAGCUGGAGUGGACACCACCGUCAGACUGUGGCGGGUAGACAUGGGCCCAGAUGGGAAGGCAGCGGUGGAGUUUCUGUCUAAUCUGGCUAGACAUACCAAGGCUGUCAAUGUUGUGCGCUUUAGCCCUAAUGGAGAGCUGCUUGCGUCAGGAGGAGAUGAUGCAGCGAUUCUGCUGUGGAAGCUCAAUGACUCCAAGGAGCCUGAGCAGGCACCUGUGUUUCAGGAGGAUGAAGAUGCUCAGCUCAACAAGGAGAGCUGGUCUGUGGUCAAGACACUAAGGGGACACAUAGAGGAUGUGUAUGACAUCUGCUGGACACGGGAUGGAAACUUCAUGGUGUCUGGGUCUGUCGACAACACUGCUAUUAUGUGGGACAUCAACAAAGGACAGAAGCUGUGUAUCUUGAAUGACCAUAAGAGCUACGUGCAAGGGGUGACCUGGGAUCCUCUGGGGCAAUAUGUUGCCACUCUCAGCUGUGACAGGGUGAUGCGUGUGUACAGCACUCACACCAAGAAGAAGGCUUUCUGUAUCAGUAAAAUGAGCUCUGGGCCACUUGCAGAGGGAGAGGUCAAGCAGCACAGAAUGUUCCAUGAUGACAGUAUGAGGUCGUUCUUUCGACGUCUUGCAUUCACACCAGAUGGGUCCUUCCUGCUCGCCCCAGCUGGAUGUGUGGAGAUUGGAGAAAACAUCAUAAAUACCACCUACAUCUUUUCCAGGAAGGGCCUUAAAAGGCCUAUCGCCCACUUGCCAUGUCCAACUAAAGCUACACUGGCUGUGCGCUGCUGCCCCGUCUACUUUGAACUGAGAAUCACGAGGGGAGAAGAUGGUUCCAUCCAGGCUCUUCCCAACGUAUUCCAGUUGCCUUACCGUAUGGUGUUUGCAGUGGCAUCAGAGGACUCAAUCUUCUUGUAUGACACUCAGCAGAACCUUCCUUUCGGCCUGGUGUCCAACAUCCACUACCACACACUCAGUGAUCUUACAUGGUCUCGCGAUGGUUCCUUCCUGGCGGUGUCCUCCACAGAUGGCUACUGCUCCUUCCUGUCUUUUUCUCCUGGGGAGCUGGGUACUCCACUGAAAGAGCCCCCCACAUUGGAGGUCUUUGUCCCAAGCAGUGGUGGUGAGAAAAAGGGCAAGAAAUCAUCAGCAGGCAGGACAUCAUCUCCUGUGUCCCAGCCGUCAAGCUCAGCCCCAACUCCCACAUCCCAAACCAGCGUUGGCAAAGAUGCCCCCUCUGUCACCACCCCAGAGGAGAGGAAGAGCACCCCCAGUGUCAAGUCUAAAUCUCAGCCCCGUAGGAUCACCCUCAACACCCUGGAGGGUUGGGGGAAGCCCACUACCCCUAAAACCAAAGCUCCUUCAGCACCUCAGACCCCAACAUCUGGAAGCACAAGUGCUCCAUCAACUCCCCAACCACAUAUCCUUCCCUUCACCCCGACCAACUCUUCCACAACCCAGCCACGCAUCACCCCCCUCGCUCCUUCCACCCCUAAAGUCCUCAACAGUGCUAAUGGUGCUGGGUCCACUACUCCGAAGGGUACAACAACCCCAAAGGGGCCAACCCCAAGGAGAGUAUCUUUGACUCCCGUUGCAUCCCGGUCUCCAGCUGUAAGCUCACUCUUCAGCACGCCCUCCUCCACUGAGAAGGCCAAACAUGAACGCCCUUCUCCUCCCACUGAUCCGGUUUGCCAGCCUCCAGAGUCCAAACGGCCGAAGACCACUGACCCCCCCACAAAGACCAGUGUCACCCAGGCUUAGUGUUUACUGGGAACAGUGUGGCACUAUAUGAGAAAACAGUACAUACAGCAGAGAGCGACAGUUAAAGGUGCUUCAGUACCAAAAAAACUGAGGCUCCCCAUGGAUCUAAUCCUAUAGUGCAAUAGCACUGUCUUCAGGUUUGAUCUAUCUGUACUUGUCUAACUGGAUGAAGCUUUAACCUCACAAAAUGUACUGAUAUAAAACAAACUGCAUUGCAGCAGGUAUCCUUGAAUUAAUUGUUCUUUUAGUGGUGUUCUGUAUCAUAACGUAAACAGAUAAGGGUAACUGUAUUGUAUUUGAUUUGUUUGACAUUUAGAUGCUUAUUUGCUGUUGUAAAAAGGAAAAUUGUCCCACUUCUUAUCAAGAACAUGUGAUGGUGAAACUAAAACUGCACUCCAAACCCAAAGAAGAGGAGGAAGAGACACGCACUUCAAGGUUUAGUGCUUUGUGUUUAGUGUAUAAUGCUGAGUCUUAAUUUGCUGAAGACUGGACCGGCAGCUUGAGUGAAAAGCUCAAAAACUCAUGUUCUUAAUGUCAAAUAAAGGAUGUUUCAUAUACAGUA